AUGACUGAUUCCGUCCAAAAUGGCUGCUAUGUGGCACUCAUCUCUCUCCUGCUCGCUUCUAAUUUCAUCCUCAUCCCCGUGCCCGUGCAACUUAUCACAUCAGCCUCUGCUAUCGUGUAUAUUGGCUCGACGCUGUCGCUCAAGCUGAAGCACGCGCGAGAGGCCAGUGGGGAGAAAAAUGAAGAAGUCAUGAAAGCAGAGGAUGCGUAUAUGUUUCCUCUAUUGGGAUCUGGUGUCCUUCUAGGGCUCUACGUUCUCUUCAAGAUAUUUGACAAAGACCUCGUUAACUUGCUGUUGACCUCUUACUUUGCGCUUAUCGGCGCCUACAGUCUUACGGAAGCCUUUAGCCCACUGAUAUCGACGGUUGUGUUUAAAGGUGACCCCACGGUCUACAAGCGCAGCAUCAAGAUUCCUUUUUACGGCGUUUACAAGCUCGAACUGUCGACGGCGUGGAUGCUCACCUUUGUUUUUGCUGCUGCUUUUGCUGCCGCUUGGUUCCACACUAAGCAUUACGUACUGAAUAACAUCUUUGGGAUCUCGCUUUCAAUUAAGGGUAUCGAGGCUCUUUCGCUCGGUAGCUUUAAAGUAGGCGCCAUUCUUCUUAGUGGUCUAUUUUUUUACGACAUUUUCUGGGUUUUUGGCACCGACGUCAUGGUGACAGUUGCCACAUCUUUCGACGCUCCGAUCAAACUCAUUUUUCCGCGUGAAUUUGCGACUGAAACUGAAAAGCAAAAGAAUUCUAUUCUUGGGCUCGGUGAUAUUGUGAUUCCUGGUAUUUUUGUGGCGCUAUUGCUGCGCUAUGACGCGCAUCGUGCAAAUGCAAGCAGUAGCAUGCAAAAGUUCCCCAAGCCAUUCUUCUAUGUCAACCUCCUUUUCUACACGCUUGGUCUCGUAGCAACGGUGUCUGUGAUGUAUAUAUUUGAUGCCGCACAACCCGCGCUACUGUAUUUGGUGCCAGCUUGUCUUGGUUCGGCACUAGUUACCGCUUUUGUUCGUGGUGAAUUUAAGGAGCUGUUGGAAUAUACAGAAGAAGAAGAAGAAAGCGAUAGCCAGGACGACAAGAAGGAAGACGAUGCUAAGGAAGAAGAGAAGAAGACUAAGUAA